AUGGAAUCGGUGAAUCCAGUGUCCAUUGUGACCCAUCCAAAGCCAUCACUACCAAAAAAAUUAUCAGAGUUGGGCUCAGUCAAAAGAACCACAACUGUUAAUCAUCGCAAGCGUCAAAAGUCUCCCACAGUCGGUAGUGUGGGUUCAAUAUCUCUUAAAAAUACUGCAUCUAUCAUACAGCCCAAGACAGACCUAGAUCACUCCAUGCCCAUGACCCUUCAAGCUCGCUUAAAAGUGGAGAUCGGCUCUGAAGAUGAAGAUCCCUUUGCGCAUUUGAGAUCAAAUUUAAAUCAAAGAAACCUGAAUAUCUCAAAAGAAAAUAGUAGAGAUGGUGAUACUCAUCUAUCUGAUAUUCAAACCGUCAACCAGAAUAUUAGUAAGGAUCGUGUACAGGCAAGUCGUCCAAGAACAACUUUUGGCGGAAAAUUGCCCGUCACAUCCAAUUACAACCAACAUCACCAACCAGCGCCCUCCAGUCGUAGGCAGAAACGCUUAUCAGCCGAACAACUCAAGCUUCUCAGUAGGCGUAUUGAUCCAGCGGCUCCUCUCGCAUCACCACACGACUCACCAACUAAGCCAGCAUUACCUUCUUUACACAGUCAUACUAGAAAGCGUGCGGGUAUGUCAAUUCUUGCUGACUUCCAAGCUGAGGAGAAACAAUCUAGUCUCUUCAAAACAUGUUCGACCCUCUGGAAGGGAGAGCCUCACUUGGGAGACUUUAGCCACGACUCCAUCAAGAGCUUUGGUGAACUUCUUAAAGUGCGACUUACACAAGCUAAAUUCAGAGUCAUGGGUGCGGAUACAGUUAACCCGUUGACCGAACAGCACCAAAGUGGCUGGUUUAGUCCUUUUCCUAUCAAAUUAUCAUCAAAACGUAGCCAAUCCUGUUCCCUUUCUGUUGUUGGGAAUGGACGCCGCUUAUUUGGCACACGUAACACCGGACGCAAGAAGCGGACUGGAUUUCGCAUGGCGGAUGUUCUUGACAGGCGACGGGCGACACCUUGUAUGAAGAUCACCAAUACAUCUCUACUGACUAGCAACCCUGAAAAGGUUCCCAAGGAUAGAAAGACACGCACGCCAAAACUUAUCAAGAAAAAGCUUUGCACGACUCCAAAAAGACGUACACCAGCCGUAAAUGUCUCUCCAGUAAUAGUUGAAGAUGGAACUCGCAAAUUCGUGUGUGAGCCAUGUAACAAGCGCUACAAGAACCGCAAUGGUCUUACGUACCACUUGGAUCGAUGCAAGUCUCGAAGCGCAAUCCUGGUUAAACAGGAAAUAGAAGAAGAAAAGAAUGCAAUUAUCAUGUGUAUAUGCGAUAACGCUAAAGAAGACAGAGGAAUGAUGAUCCAAUGUGACCAGUGUAGAGUAUGGCUUCAUAUGGACUGUACUGGUCUUAAUGAAGGCGCCUUGGAUGAUAUUUACAGCUGUCCACGAUGCGCCAAUAGCGCAGAUACACCUUUAACCAUAGUUCCAGAACCAGACCUACUGGAAAAUAUUAUUUAUCGAAAUCCCGGGCGAGAUCUUUUGCAAAAGCUAGAGAAUGUUACCGGUCCUGAAGAAAGUAAACAAGAGCAACCAGAUCCAAGCAAAGACUUCAUAGAGAUGUUCAAUCUGUUCGGAGAUGAACUCGUCCAAGACCCCAUGGUAGAAGCGGCCCUAAAAGAUGACCACGAUGAUGUGUGGGGUCAUUUUGAAGAUGAUAAUCUUGAAUAUGAAAAGGAAUCCCAGGUAGCCUGGGAUGACUUUUUGUUUUCACCACAUCAAACAUUAGGAAACUCUAUUCCAGAACCAUGGAGCCAAUUGAGUGAAGAUGAGCCUAUUACAACCUAUGGCUCAGCCCUUGUAGACACUCCUUGGGAUAUGCAUCAAACGCCUUCUCUGCUGUUUUCAGAUAAUACGUUUAGCAGUGCUCUUGACGAAGAAUUCAUGACUUCCACUCCUAUGGCUGAUAUCUCUUCUCCUCUUGAUCACUGUAUGCCUAUGGAAUUCUCUUCCCCAGCAGAUUUGCCAACUAUAUUGUAAAAACAAAAGACAAAAAAAAACAAAAGACAAAAGACAAAAGACAAAAGACAAAAGACAAAAAAAAAGACAAAAACAAAAGUCAUAUUCAUUUCAAGUGAAUUACAUUAAAAAAAUGAAACGGAUAUACGUACAUACAUACAUACAUACAUACACACAUACAUACAUACACAAAAAAAACACACGUACAAACACACACAAUAUAUAUGUAUGUAUAUAUAUAUAUAAAGAUAUACACAUACAUAUACAUUUUUUUUUAAAAAAAAAAGAACGAAAAAGAAGUAAUGCCUUAAUGAACACCCUGCUAUAACUAUGCUAUCCAGUAUUUAAUUCAGAUUUUUAUACUUUGAAUUUCUAUCUUUUACUGUAACUUUUAAGAUCUAUAUUUUCCAUGCAAUACAUAAUCCUUUUUUAAAAUUG